AUGACUUCUCGUUCCUCUUCCCUUCGUUUCUCUCUAAGGACUUCAGCAACAACUCUAUUCUUUGCAGGAAUAGAUUCCUAUGUUCAUCCUGAGAGACAUUCUGCAAGGAACCAUUUAAGAUUCCGUGAGCAAAGUAAUGCCGAUAAGCUACACCAGCAGCUCAUCUUCCAAAGCAAGCUACACCAGCAGCUCAUCUUCCAAAGCAAGCUGAUGGAGACUUUGGGAUACCUGAACGAUGCUAUUGCGGCCUUCAAUGAUAAACCGGGUCACAUCUCCAAAUGGUGGGAUCUAGCCAUUGAAGAGCAGCUGACCAUUCUUCAAAUACGAAUUGACAAGCAGAGCGAAAGCAUGUUCCGUGACCACCGAACAGCCCUUCUGCAAUCAUAUGAGAAUCGGCUGUAUGCAUUGGAGGAUCGCCUUGCUGCAACCGAGAAGACCAUUAGCGAGAUCGAGGAGUUCAUAGGGUUCAUUCAGAGUGAAAUUGUUGGAGUGAAAGAAGCACUUGCUAAUCGAGAUCUGGUGUCGCCGCCGUCCAUAACUGUUUAUUUCCGCCGUUUGUUCAUUUCCGCCGUUGGUCGUGGAAAGACGUCAGAACAGCCAAUGGAAAACCCAGAGUUCCCCCUACGUCUCUUCUCGAAAGGCGAUGAGCCGUCUCCGCUGAAAAGCAUCGGUUACUAUAGCGGUGAGACGAAGCUGAUGACUGCACUCGAGGAAGCACUCACACAAGAUGAGUGGGAAGAGAUAUUGAACUCUAGACUGGGAGUGUUCUUGAAGUUCAGUCAGUUGGAUUUCGGCUGGGCAUCUAGACUGGUGCAUUACAUUCUCGGCAUGCAGCUAGUUUGCAAGAAAAAAUUUGAGAUUUGGAGCCUCGUAGGUCUGAUCCCGAUCCGCUUUUCUUUGAAUGAGUUCGAACAUAUUACUGGCUUGAAUUGCGAGUACGUGGACAACCUCGAGGAUCCGGUGGUUGAGAUAACUGAUGAGAUGAAAGAUUUCUGGGAGCGAUUGGGAGUCAAUCAGGAGUUGGGCCCGAGCACUGAAGAUUUGAUAGAAGCUUGUAAGGAAUGCGGGUCGUGGUCUUCCGAGGAUCGGUUGAGGCUGGGAUACCUUAGCAUUUAUACUAGUUACAUUGAAGCACGAAAGCCAUCUUCAGCUACUCGGGCUAGGUUGGCAAGGCUUAUGAUGGAUUUAGAAGCGUUUGAGAACUACCCUUGGGGAAGAGGGGCCUUCAAAAACCUGAUGCGGUCGGUGAAGGAGAAAGAAAUUUGGAAGUCGUCGUACACCAUUGAGGGGUUUGUUCAAGUACUACAAGUCUGGGUUUACUUUGCUCUUCCCGACUUUGCUGCUAAAUUUGGUGAACCACUUCCAGGCGACCACAAUGUACCGCUGAUAGCUUUCAAGGGAUCCAGGGGGAGGAAAUUUAUGAAAGAGAAUAUGCUCCGACAGGAAAUUAAAGACGAUGAUGAAGAAGACGAGAGGACUGACAACAUCAUCAAAGCGAUGUAUGGUCAUUUUGGCCCUAAAAAAUGGACAUGGGAAAGGAGUCAUUGGCCUCCAACAGGUGUGACCAAGUAUGUCAAGUCCGAAGGGUCUGUCGAUCUGAAGAGGCGAUCGGAAUCAGUUGGUGAUCAAGGAAGUCGGAAGCGGUUCUGCCCAGCCUCUGGUGAGGAAGAUGAGUCAAUGGUCACGAUUCUGAAGGACCACAUGGACGACUGCUUCAACAAGAUGAUGGAUGGGUUGAGUAGUUGUGAAUCUCAGAUCAAACUACUCAACACAAAGUUGGGAACGGUGGAGCAGAAAUUAGAGGCAGUGAUCCUCCAAGCUGGGACCGGAGGUACAAAGGAGGAUGUGGCUCAGAUUGGUGAAGCAGACGCCGAGGGCGCAAAACCUGUUGGCGACGAUCAAACGGACGCGGACGCCGAUCCUAAUAUCGGGAGUAAUUUUAUGUCUAAGCAAAAUGAACAAACUGAUGUCCCAAGUGAGAGCGUGAACGAUGGUAAGCAGGGAACUCCAGAGCCAAGCGUUGUUAUGGUUGAUCCAGCAAAAUGCGACAUCGACUUCGAUCAGGUCCAGAAAGAUAAACACGAGAAAGGCAAGAAGGCGGCACAACUGGUUGCUCGUGCGAAGAGUGAACGUCUGCGAAAGUUGGCUCCUACACAACAAAGCCCUUUCAAACCCAACAGCACAGCGAAGGAAAUAAUCCCAAACAAAAAUGUCCGAGGGUGCGGAUAUGAUCCGUUUGAUAUGAAACACGUGAAGCAAAAGAUCGGUGUGCUAACUGAUUGUCUGAAAAAAGAUCCGGCAUAUCCGAAGUGGGUAAAAUGGUCAUCCGUGGACUGGUACUUCAUUCUAAGAGUUCCUAAACAAUGGCUAGCAGACACUCACAUGGAAGCUGGGAUUAACCUACUCAGGCUGCGAUUUACAAAACAUCCUGAGUGGUUUAGGUCGGACAGGAUAACAUUCCUCGACUCUUACUUUGCAACGAUGUGGAGGUACAAGUACAAGGAGUUUGUGGACUCUCACGCCAACCCUGAUGGUUCAGGCAAGCUCCUUCUAGCUGGCUCGUUCGAGUACUACACUGGCGCAGCCCCAACCUACUGCGUUAGUAACAAGACGUGGGGGUAUGAUGUGGAUGACCUGUACUCGAUGUUACACAUCACUGAUGAUCACUGGGUGGCAAUGUGGAUUUCGAUUCCGAUGAAGCAUAUUGUCAUUUGGGAUAGCCAUGCGAAUACUCAUGCAUCGGAUAUUCAGAUUGAGGCUGCUGUGACUCCGAUUACCGUCUUGGUUCCCUACAUACUCCGUGAGUGUGCACCUGCUGAAGACCGUAUCAAUCUGACUUAUGAUCCGUUCACGUGGGAGCGAAUCAAGGGGUAUUUGAUCCCACAAAACAAACAAAGCAGUGACUGUGGCGUUUACUGCUUGAAGUACCUUAAAUGCCAUGUUCUAGGGAUGCCAUUUUUGAAGACCUUGUGCGAUGCAAACAUUAAAAACAUCCGAGACAAGCUGGCAGCUGAGAUAUUUGACGAGACAGGAGUAAUCGGCACAGAGAAGUAUGAGUAUCCAUGGCUGGACGUAUACGAAGGUAAGUGA